CGUAGGGGAGCAGACAAAGGAGCUGCGUAUUAAACAGAAAAUUUGCGUUAUUCGUGUUUGUCACUGUGUGACUGGAAGAGGAACCUAAGUUAAAGUUCUGUCGCUACAUGCUGAAGAAAUGCUCGAACUUGAGUUGGUACCAGAAAGAAGUCUAGGGUGUGAACAAUGGGAAUUUAUUUUAGGAAUGCACUUUUCGCAAGCAGUAGCAAUAAUUCAGUCACAGGUGGGCAUCAUAAAAGGCGUUCAGGUGCUCUACAGUGAUUCGAACCCUUUAGGCGCAGAUCUUAUUAUUAACUUGCCGCAGGAUGGGAUAAGAUUAAUAUUUGACCCAAUUGUUCAGAGACUGAAGAUAAUAGAAAUUUACAACAUGAAACUGGUCAAAGUAAAAUACUGUGGUCUUACAUUCAACUCCCCAGAAGUACUGCCGAGUAUUGAACAAAUUGAGAGGUCUUUUGGAGCUACGCAUCCUGGUGUACUGGAUACCGAAAAACAGUUGUUUGUUCUGAAUUUUAGGGGCCUUUCGUUUUGUUUUCCUGUUGAAUCAAAAUUCCAGCCAGGUUAUGCACAUGGCCUGGGGUCACUGCAGUUUCCUAAUGGAUCUUCACCGGUGGUCUCUCGGACAUCAGUGUACAGCGGUAGCAGUCUGAGUGAAUGUCGCACACCGCAGUUACCACUGUGUUGCUACCAUAACCACCUGUAUCUGGAACGUGCAGAGGUUAUUCGGGAGAGACUAACUACAUGUGGCCUUCGUUUGCAUCUCUUCACUGAAGGUUCAUCUCGUAUGCUUGAACCAAGGAAGCAGAAUCUUAGCAGAGAAGUAAUGUUUGGUGAUACAUGCCAAGACGUUGCCUCGGCUAUUGGUGCACCAUCACGAGUUUUUUAUAAGUCUGAGGAUAAAAUGAAGAUACACAGUCCAAAUGCACACCGCCGCAUUUCUGCCAGACGUUCAGAUUUCUUCUACAAUUAUUUCACCUUGGGGAUAGACAUUUUAUUUGAUGCUAAGACUCAAAAAGUAAAGAAGUUUGUUCUCCAUACCAAUUUUCCUGGUCACUACAACUUCAAUAUGUAUCAUCGCUGUGAAUUUCACCUGACAUUGCCACCAGAUUCAAGGCAUGGGUCGGAAGGAAGCAGGCAGCUAAUAGAUGUGUCUCCAAUCCCAGUAACGAUAUCUGCGUACACUAAAUGGGACACAAUAUCAGAGCAGCUUAAACCAAGUGAGCGACCUGUGGUUCUGAACAGGGCAAGUUCAACAAACACGACCAAUCCUUUUGGCUCAACAUUUUGCUACGGGUACCAGGACAUCAUCUUUGAGGUCAUGCCUAAUAACUACAUUGCAUCUGUUACCCUGUAUGCUGCUGAGAAGCAAAUGCCUGAGGUAUGACAAUGGCUUUCUGCCACCUACCUCGUGUUGCAGGGAAGGUACUGGCAGUUCUGACACCUUAUCAUGUUUUAAAUAGAAAAUAAAAGGAAACUGGAAGUCAUAUCAUGUUUCUGCUAUUAAGGGAUUGUCUAUGCAGUGAAAGCAAGAUGCCAAAUACUUUGCUGUAAAAUACAAACAUAUGCAUUUUUUUAAAGGAAGAGCUAAAUAAUCAUCAAGAGAUACAUGAAGAAUAUAAAAGUAUAUGCACCUUAUGUGGAUCAAUAUGUUCAUAAUGACAAUAAGUUUUUGCCAGUGAUAGGGGUUAUUAGUUCAGACUGUUAUUAUUUAUCAUGCAUGCCUCCCUUUCCCUAGUAUAGCACAGAUUGUGAGUACAUUUUCAUGUGAACAAUGACUCAUGCAGAAACUUCUGAGACUGAGCUAAAAUGGGGAAGGUUAAAAUUCUUUGUUGUAAUGUCGCUGAACUGUGAUAGAGGUAUUAGAUGGAUGAUUCAGUUUUGUCAGGAACUUGUUGAGGCCUUGUACUUCACAUUGUAUAAAUCCUGAUAAAAAUUUUUGCACUCCACAUUACUCAGCAAAAAGAAAUCUAGGUUACUGAAAGUUGUUAUUGUUUCUGUUUCCUUUAAACAAAACAGAUUUUGCAGUUGUAUUAAUUGUAUACACUGCAAGAUUGAAAACUUAAUAAGCUAUUAAGAUGAAUUGUGUCAUAUCUUGUUGCAGAGAGUUCUGGCAGUAACAUGACUCACAUUAUUUAUCAAUAAAGUUUGUGAUAGUGAGAUUCCUGUUAUUUUUGGCUCUGAAAUACACAGCCACAGAUUUUCUAUUAUAAUUUUUACACUUGUUGCUACUUGAUUUAUCUGUAAAUGCCCUACUUCAGUGUGAAGUAAUUUUUCUCCAUCUGCUUGAUUGGUCACAGUCACUGGUGACAGCAGUGGUGCACUCGUUUCUGGUGUUGCCAUUGCCACCUAUCUGAAGUAAGUAAUUUAGGCCGUACUGAAGGUAUUUUGGCAUUUUGUUCAAUAUUUUUUUACAAUGUCGUUCUCUUUUCUUUCUCGUCAUUUCUUGCCCUUUCCAAUGUUUUCUCAAAUGAGAUGCAGAUCGCUUACCACAUAUUUCUUUCCUGGAAUUUACUCCAGAACUUUGUUGCUUCAGUCCCACAUUAGUUUUCUGUUUGAUUGUAGGUCUUUUUUCAAAAUCUGAAAUUUGUUGUAUGCUGCAGUCCAUGAUUAGAGCUGUGCUUGUGUUGUGUGUUGAUCAACAUGUCCUGGAUACUUAACCCUUCACAUUUUGUGGUUUUCAGGGCUUACCUUACAGUUUAGGUAUACCUAUUUCUUCCAAAUGGAAGAGCUUGAUAUGUAAAAAAUAGUGUUGCUUUUUUGUUUACACCUUCACAAAUCAGUAAAUCAUACUAGAGGUCAAACAUUAUUCUGUCUUCAAUGGAGAAGCCAAAUACUCUAAAAUUUUGUUAUUGUAGGGUUGGGUGUGAAAUUCUUAAGCUUAGAUAACAUUACUUUUAAUUGUGUACAUAACUACACAUUUUGUGCCCAGUUUUAGAUGUUUGUUGCUUUUUAUGUGGAGUCUCAUUUAAUGUAAGUGUAUGAAGAUAACAGUAGUAGUUUAAAAGACAACAGUAUGGUGGUGAGUGCUAUCUGUAUGAUUGUUAUAGUCUGUUGUGAAUGACAUUUAGUACAAAUUUGGAGUAACAUGUUUACUGAAUUUCUGACACUUUACAAAGCUGAGACUAUAUUCAGGGGUUUCUGAUACGCUAGGUGCAAAUAUUGUAUUAUUGUACUUAGUAUGUUAAUAAAGCUUUUGUCAGCAAGUAGAAGGCAUAAGUGAAUGAUAUUUGGCAGUUUGGAUCACUUAUAGACAGUCCCUGUGAGAUGAUUGAACACAGCCUGGAUCUUAUAUUGUGAAUUCGAAUGUCAUGUUUCAUUACAGUGUUACAAAAACAAACUGUGAAUAAUGUCGGAACUUUCCUGUAAAAAUGAAAAGUAUAAAAAAAAGAUUAAAAGACAAAGAUAUGAAAAAAAUUAAAACUAAAAGUAUUAAAAACUUUAUAUUAAUCUCUUUUUCAUACUUUUUCAGUUGGUUUGUUUAAAAAACCAAGGUAAGGCAUAAGAAAAUGACCUAAAUUAUUUUAGGUAAUAUGCUCCAUGUCUGUUACCAACAGAAAAGAAGCGUAUUGAUCACACAUGAUUAAACAGUUAUAUGUAUCUGUAUGUAACUAUUUGUGGCUUUAGUCAUACAAAUUAAGGCAGUUGUUACAUUAUUUCAAUCUGUGAUGUUAUUUAAUGGCUUUAUUAAAGCACCAGACUAUUAUAUAAUGGAAAUUGAACUCCUGUACACAAAUUCAGGUAUUUUUAAUGUGUGGCAUUAUUUAAAUUGUCAUUAUGCAUCUUCACUGUGAGAUUUUCUAUACUUCAUUUUGUACACAGCCAUUUCCUUCAAAUCCUUUUCUAUAAGUCGAUGAUGUUAUGUGGUUAUAUUAUUGUAAAAGUCUGGGAUUUUGGAAAUAAUUUUGUGUGAUUUUAUGAUGAACACUUUGUGUACCAUUCUUAAUAAUUGUAUAGGUUUUCCCACUUCGACCGAUAAUUCCAUGGUGGGAUAAAAAAAGAAAAAAAGUUUUGUUUCUGUAGUGUCAGUUUGCAGCCAUCUAUAAUGUGAAAAUACUGUUACUUGUUACAGUCUUUGUUCUCUUAUUCCAGAAACAAGUCACUUGAAAACCUAUACCUGCAAGCUUAUUUCUGAAUUACGAGGUUAAAUUUCAUUAACAUCAGUCACAGUUCAAAGCUGAUUUCACUUCAUUAAAUACCAUUUCACUGCCGAGUAAGAAGUUGACAAACGGAUUUUAAUUUAGUUGAGACAAUCUUCAGUUUUUAAAGUGUUGUCUUAUUUCUUACAUUAAAGCUGGUUCUUUCAUUAUCAGUUUUGUCUUUAGAAUUGACUGGCUGAUUCAGCAAUAUUAAGGAAUAUUUAUGUAAAAUAUAUUAUUUCUGUUAUCUCAUAGGUUAAAAAUGUUUUAAUGCCGUAAGUGACUAGGAUAUCAUGGCAAGAUAAAUGGUUGCUUUGAUAGUUUACACGUGGAGUGUGUGACAAACCAACUAAGGUCUGACAGUCACAGACAGCAUGUGUGCUCAUUGUAAUAUAUUAACCCCUAUUUAUUAGUUGCCAGUUGGCAGUUAUAUAAUGUAGUAGUGCAUGAGAUUGAUGUUUCAUAUGUAACUGGAAAUUUUUUGCUUAGCAUUUCUUACAGCGUGUUCACAUAGUGAAAUCACCUUUCUCAUUUCACACCAAAUAAAAAUUUUACCUUGUGCAUGUAUUA